GUUACUGAGAAACACAGGGAAGGGGGGGGAAAAAAAUAUAAAGACAGAGCUCCGGCAGGGAGCUCAUUUCCAUGAAUGUGGGGGCUUUGGGAGUGGCCCCUCUAUCAUUGUGAGUGAGCAGCAGUGUUUAGAGGGACAGAGCGGUAAAAAUAGCUGCUAUCAAGUUUACACAAGGUCUAAGGCAGAGGAAAGAGGAGGGAUCAGUGUCGCUUCUGUUUUCCUCCUUCUUGUUUAAACUGAAUUUUUGACUCGGGGGUUUCUUUUUGUUGUCUGAGGUUCCCCUUUUUUUUUUGUUAUUUUGUAUUAGUUUUAUUGAUAGUGUUUUGAGCUGCGGGCCAAGGGCAGGAGCAGACCGUGAGGAUGGAGCCCGGUUCCCCCAGCUCCCCGGCCGGAGAGCAGCCUCCUGCCGCUCCCUCUGAGCCCGCGGUGCCGCUCCGUCCCGUGGCGAGUCAGAGCCGCUUCCAGGUCGACCUGGUGACCGAGGGGGGGACAGGAGAGGCAGAGGGGCCGAAGGGACGGAGCCCGAGCCCCGGCCCCGGCCCCGGCCCCAGCCCAGUUCAGGAGCAGCGGGGGGGCGAAGGGGUAGCCCCGGGAGAUGGAGGCACGGCGGCGGCCGAAGAGGCGAAAGGCAGAUUCCGGGUGAAUUUCGUGGACCCGGCUUGGGAAGAGCCGGCCGGCUCCGGGUGCGGGCUUCCCCCACAACAGGCGCCACCGCAAGGCAGCGAGGCGGCGAUGAACGGCUACCCCCAGAAUGGUGACACCAUGCUGAGUGAAGGCAGCCUGCAAUCAGCUGGUACCACCACCCAUCAUUACUAUGAUACACACAGCAACACCUACUACCUGCGGACUUUCGGCCACAACACCAUCGAUGCGGUGCCCAGGAUCGAUCAUUACAGGAACACGGUGGCUCAGCUCGGAGAGAAACUCAUCAGACCCAGCCUGGCGGAACUGCACGAUGAGCUGGACAAGGAGCCUUUUGAGGAUGGUUACGCAAAUGGAGAGGAAGCUAGCCCAGCUGAGGAGGCUGUGUCAAAGCAUGUUGUUGACAAUAAAGGUGUUGUGAAGUUUGGCUGGGUUAAAGGUGUUCUGGUACGAUGUAUGCUAAAUAUUUGGGGUGUGAUGCUCUUCAUCCGUUUAACAUGGAUUGUUGGCCACGCUGGAAUAGGUCUUGCUGUUGUAGUCAUUGCCAUGGCGACUGUUGUGACCACUAUCACAGGACUGUCAACAUCCGCUAUAACCACCAAUGGAUUUGUUCGUGGAGGUGGAGCAUACUAUUUGAUAUCCAGAAGUUUGGGGCCUGAGUUCGGUGGUGCAAUUGGCCUCAUUUUUGCCUUUGCCAAUGCAGUAGCUGUAGCCAUGUAUGUGGUUGGCUUUGCAGAGACUGUUCGAGAUUUGCUUGUGGAACAUAAUGCACUCAUGAUUGAUGAAAUGAACGAUAUCAGAAUCAUAGGAACCAUUACUGUUGUGAUCCUGUUUGGCAUAUCGGUCGCAGGAAUGGAAUGGGAAGCGAAGGCUCAAAUUGUGCUUUUGGGAAUUCUGCUGAUCGCCAUAGUUAACUUUGUAGUGGGAACUUUCAUUCCAGCUCAUGACAAAAGAGCAAAAGGCUUUUUUAAUUACCAAAGUGACAUAUUUUAUGAAAAUUUUGGGCCAGAUUUUCGAGAAGGAGAAGGUUUCUUCUCUGUCUUUGCUAUUUUCUUUCCAGCUGCUACUGGUAUCCUCGCUGGGGCAAACAUCUCUGGUGAUCUUGCAGAUCCACAAUCAGCCAUACCUAAAGGCACACUUUUGGCCAUUUUAAUCACAACGAUAGUGUAUGCAGGAGCUGCCGUUGCUGCAGGUUCCUGUGUAGUUCGUGAUGCGACUGGAAAUCUUACUGAUGCUAUUGUCCCUGGAACAGUGAUUAACUGCACUAAUGCAGCUUGUAAACUGGGCUUUAAUUUCUCUUCCUGUGCAACAAGCAAAUGCUCGUAUGGUCUAAUGCAUAACUUUCAGGUCAUGAGCCUAAUAUCUGGAUUUGGGCCUUUGAUUACUGCAGGAAUCUUUUCAGCUACGCUUUCUUCUGCUCUGGCCUCAUUAGUGAGCGCUCCCAAAAUAUUCCAGGCUUUGUGUAAGGAUAAUAUAUAUCCUGGUCUUCACGUGUUUUCAGUUGGUUAUGGGAAGAACAAUGAACCAUUACGUGGAUAUGUUCUCACAUUCUUCAUUGGUCUGGGAUUCAUACUGAUUGCUGAGUUGAAUGUCAUUGCGCCAAUCAUUUCCAAUUUUUUCCUGGCCUCAUAUGCUUUGAUUAAUUUCUCAGUAUUCCAUGCUUCUCUUGCUAAAUCUCCAGGUUGGCGACCUGCCUUCAGAUGGUAUAACAUGUGGAUUUCAUUAAUUGGUGCUAUCUUGUGCUGUGGGGUAAUGUUCGUCAUCAAUUGGUGGGCAGCACUAUUGACAAAUGUCAUUGUCCUUGCUUUAUAUAUUUAUGUCACCUACAAGAAACCAGAUGUGAAUUGGGGUUCCUCCACACAGGCUUUGACUUAUUUGAAUGCCUUACAACAUGCCAUUCGACUGACUGGAGUAGAGGACCAUGUAAAGAAUUUCAGACCCCAAUGCCUAUUGAUGACAGGUGCUCCUACAUCCCGUCCAGCCUUGCUCCAUUUAGUUCAUGCCUUUACCAAAAAUGUUGGACUGGUGGUCUGUGGACAUGUUCAUACGGGACCACGUCGACAAGCUUUGAAGGAAAUUGCUACUGAUCAGGCCAAAUACCAACGGUGGUUAAUAAAAAACAAAAUGAAAGCAUUCUAUGCACCAGUAUAUGCAGAAGAUUUACGUGAGGGGACACAGUUUUUGCUUCAGGCUGUAGGACUUGGUCGAAUGCGGCCCAACACACUGGUCUUUGGCUUUAAGAAAGACUGGCAUCAAGCUGUUAUGAAGGAUGUGGAUAAUUACAUCAACACUAUCCAUGAUGCAUUUGACUGUCAAUAUGGGGUAGUCGUCAUCAGAUUAAAGGAAGGUUUUAAUAUUUCUCACCUUCAAGCACAAGAAGAGCUAUGCACUUCUCAGGAGAAAUCUGCUCAACCCAAGGACAUUGUGGUGAAUCUGGAACAUUCUGAUGCAGAUUCCUCAAAGCCAUCUUCAAAAUCAGUGAGUGAAACCAACAGCCCAGCUGUGUCACAAGACCAAAAAGAUGAAGAAGAUGACGGAAAGGCGUCCACACAGCCACUCUUGAAAAAAGAGGCUAAAGGUUCAUCUGUGCCUUUGAACAUGAAUGACCAGAAGCUGCUUCAGGCGAGCUCUCAAUUCCAAAAGAAACAGGGUAAAGGGACAAUUGACGUCUGGUGGCUUUUUGAUGAUGGAGGCCUAACAUUACUUAUCCCAUAUCUUCUCACAACGAAGAAAAAGUGGAAAGAUUGCAAGAUCAGAGUGUUCAUUGGUGGAAAAAUAAACAGGAUAGACCAUGAUAGGAGGACAAUGGCUACUUUACUCAGCAAAUUCAGGAUAGACUUUUCAGACAUCACUGUUCUCGGGGAUAUGAAUACUAAGCCAAGCAAAGACAAUAUUGCAGCUUUUGAAGAGAUGAUUGAACCGUUCAGACUUCAUGAGGAUGAUAAAGAACAAGAAGCAUCUGAAAAAAUGAAGGCAGAGGAGCCCUGGAGGAUCACAGAUAAUGAGUUGGAGAUCUACAGAAUGAAGACAUAUCGACAGAUCAGAUUGAAUGAAUUGCUAAGGGAGAACUCGAGCACUGCUAACCUCAUCGUCAUGAGUUUGCCAGUGGCACGAAAAGGUGCUGUAUCAAGUGCACUGUACAUGGCCUGGAUUGAAACUCUCUCAAAGGAUUUGCCACCGAUCUUACUUGUGCGAGGCAACCACCAGAGUGUUCUUACUUUCUACUCCUAAAUGAUUAGCACAGGACAGCGUUCUCAUAACGCCACUGCAGCGGCUGGAAGUAGGAGAUAAUGAGUCCUGGGAUUUAGUGUGUUUCACAUGUCCAUUGAUCAAAAACAAAAUAAGCACACAAAGGAUGAAACGGUUUGAGUUUCAAGGAUCACGAGAGCUACUUGAUUUUUACCCUGAUGGCCCGUCAAUUUGCCUGAGUUUGAUUUGAAUGAAAGCAUAACUUUCUGACUAUAUACAGAAAAAUUUCUUUCUGCUACUGGAACAACAGCAAUAAUAUUUUUUCUUUUGAAAUAACUUAGUUAAAUUGCAUUAAUAUGAAAAGCCUUUACAGCCUUACUGAGGUGCCUUCCAAAAGAAAAUUGCUUACCAAAUUCCGUUGAUUCCCUAUUUUAUGUAUAUCGGAUGAUCGUUGUAAAAUGAAGUGGUCUAAUAUAAACUGUAGUUAGUGCUUUAGGUUGAGUGAGUUCUCAAAGAGGGUGUAUUUUCCACCUUCUGUCACAAAAGAAAAGCUGCUUUCACUAUUUUGGUCUUCCACAGGGCUGCUAUUAGUUGAUAACGUGUUCUAAGUUUCUCGCACAAAAGCUCUGAUAUUUAAGUAGCUGAGGUUCACAGGCAAUGCUUCUUUGUUAUCCUUUAGUUCCCCCAAUUCUGUGACAUGCAUAAUGGAAGUGAUUUUGGAGUAAUUGUUUUCAAAGAUUGUUGCUGUACGCAGUAAUGUGCCUAUAAUCAGGACAGGUGAUUUAAGUUUAAGGAUUGAACAUAUAGAGGGGCAUCAGCUAGGGUUUGUGAAGACUAUCCAAGAAAGAUUGUCAUGUACACAUCACCCUGCUCCUCGAGCCCUCGUUUAAGAAAAUCUUGGAAUUUGACUUGCUUACGUAUAUCCCAUGCAAGUGUUUCUUAGAUGUUGUAAUAUAGCAUUGAGACCUAAGCAAGAUCCUAGUUAUGUUGGCAUAUUUUUAACUGCAGAGCAAUGCUUUGAAAAGGGAAUAUUAAAAAGUUGUCAGCUUUUCAGAUUUUAAACUCGCCUUUUCUUUCUAUACUUGUGGAAAUGUAGAAUAGGCUAAAAUCUGGAAAGUGCACCUGCUCACCCACACCUUUUGGUUUCACAAGUUAAAGGGUCAGGAUCUUCAUGAAAAUGUUAGUCAAAUGAUGUAUUGUGAAUUGUGCUGAAAUGCGUUGUUGCAUCAUUAGCUUAUAAUAUCUUUUUUAAAAAAAUAAGCUACAGCUACCUUCGUUUCCUAUCCUCAAACAUUUUCUUUGAAUGUUAGCACUUAAAAUAUUUGCCAAAUACUUUUACACGAAGUUUUUCACUUUAAAUGGUGUACACUAUUCCAAAGUGAUAUGGGGUCCCAUGACUUGGCUUCUUCAUAGUUUUGCGCAUUAAUGUGCUAGCAUCAAGUGGAUAUGAAAUAAACUAUAUUCCUUUCCCAUUGCAGUUAAAUGCAUGACAUUUGAAUCACUAUUAUAUGACUGAAACAAUGUAAACCUGACCAUAAAAUUGAAAAGUAAUUUCAGAAUAUGUUUCAUUUUACAAUUAUUAGGAAUGUUCUAACUUGAAAAGGCUGUUGUGCUUCCUCCUUCAUAUGAAUGAUGUCUUAAAAAAUCUAUGUAAUUGAUACUGAACAGUGUCAUUAAAUAAAGCUCAGUACGUAGAGUUCUGUUAGAGAACACCAGUUUAAUCUUCUUGUGAAACAGUGUACUGCUUAGUUCAGCCAGCUAAAAAUUGAUUUUUAAAGAAAACCAAAUGAACUCUGUGUAUAUGUGCAUAAACAAUGAAAUGUAGAAAGAGUAGCUUACAAAUUGCAGGGUGCAUUCUCGUGGUCUCUUACAUAUCCUACACUGCCACUAUUCAACAAUCCAUGCUAACUCCUCUAACAAACAGAAAUCACUUCUGUGCAAGUGGAGUAGCUGUUACUAGUGUUGUGUUCAUUCCAUGCUGUAGGCAACAUUUACCCAUGUUCAAAAAUGGUCUCAUUGCUUUUGUAAAGUGUUUUGUAGCCAAAGCUAAAACUUACUAUAGUUCAUUAUUGGAAACUAACCAAUUCACAACACAGUAGUAAUCUUCACAAAUGUGAAAUUGCACCAUACACUGAAUACUUAUGUAUUUAACCUUUUUUAUUGUGCAGGAAAUUAGCGAGAGGGUGACUAGGAGAAAUUGCCGAUUUUUUUUUUUUGAUUUAUUUUUCUGUUAAUUUAUUCAUCUAAUGAUUUUGUGUAAAUCAAUACAAUUCCUUUAUACAUUCAAUUUGGUUAUUUUAAGGGGUUCUUUUGAAACUACACUGUAUGCUGUAAAUUUCAAUCUUUUUAAACAACAAAAAGUCUGCAGAAUUGUUUUACAAAGCUAUGUUUGGAAAUGAUUUCAUGACCAUGUUUUUCCAGGGGGUAAACAACCCAAAGAAGCGGAAUGAAACAUUUUGAUAAACUGUACUAUAAUUCACUGAAAAUGCUUUUCUAAUUAUUUUAACAUUAAAAGUAUUAAAGAUGAUACUUUAUACAUCGUUAAUGCAAUAAAGAAAAUGUUACAUUAUUGUGUGGCAUUGUCUCCAAAGUA